GGGGAAACCACCGCCACCGCGGCGCUCCAGGGACCAGGGCGCGCGCGCUCUGCUCCCGGGUGACCGAGUCUGCAGCCCCGGGGACGCACCCGGGUCCAGCUGGGACAACUUCAGGCAGAAGAGCUGGGUGAAGCCGCCAGUAUACACAGGCCCAUGGGAAAGCAGGCCAUGCUCACCUCAGGACAGGGGUGGACGACCAGGGGUGGCGAGCCUUGAGGGAGUCGCCCUCCCUUCCAGCACUCACACCAUGCGGCUUGGGACAGGACAUCUCUGACAGUGCAGACAGCUCCCCAUCACACCCCUAAAGUCCCCUGGGGGAAGCCACUUCCCAGCCCCCCAUCCUGUCCCCACAGGUGGAGUCCCCUAAGAUGGCUGGGCACAGGUGGGGAGCACUAUGGGUGUUUGUGGCAGCCGCCACCCUUCUCCACUCAGGAGGGUUGGCCCAGGGUGACUGCUGGCUGAUCGAGGGCGACAAGGGCUUCGUGUGGCUGGCCAUCUGCAGCCAGAACCAGCCUCCCUAUGAAGCCAUCCCUCAACAGAUCAACAACACCAUUGUGGAUCUGCGGCUCAACGAAAACCGCAUCCGCAGCGUGCAGUACGCCUCACUGAGCCGCUUUGGGAACCUCACGUACCUCAACCUCACCAAGAACGAGAUAGGCUACAUCGAGGACGGGGCCUUCUCAGGUCAGUUCAACCUCCAGGUGCUGCAGCUGGGUUACAAUCGGCUACGCAACCUCACGGAGGGCAUGCUGCGGGGCCUGAGCAAGCUGGAGUACCUGUACCUGCAGGCCAAUCUCAUCGAGGUGGUGAUGGCCAGCGCCUUUUGGGAGUGUCCCAACAUCAUCAACAUUGACCUGUCCAUGAACCGUAUCCAGCAGCUGGGCAGUGGCACCUUUGCGGGCCUGACCAAGCUCUCAGUGUGUGAACUGUACAGUAACCCAUUCUACUGCUCCUGUGAGCUGCUGGGCUUCCUGCGCUGGCUGGCCGCCUUCACCAACGCCACGCAGACCCAUGACCGAGUGCAGUGUGAGUCGCCACCUGUCUACGCAGGCUACUUCCUACUGGGACAGGGCCGCCAUGGCCAUCAGCGUAGCAUCCUUAGCAAACUGCAGUCCGUGUGCACUGAUGACUCCUAUGGGGCUGAGGUACUGGGGCCACCCCGCCCGGUGCCAGGCCGCUCACAGCCUGGACACUCACCACCACCAUCUCCACCACCUGAGCCCAGUGACACGCCCUGUGCAGAUGACGAGUGUUUCUCAGGCGAUGGCACUACCCCACUGGUGGUCCUGACCACCUUGGCCACGCAGGCGGAGGCUCGUCCCUUCAUGAAGGUCAAGCAAUUGACCCAGAACUCAGCCACCAUCAUGGUACAACUGCCCAGCCCAUUCAACCGCAUGUACACACUAGAACACUAUAACAACAGCAAGCCUUUCACUGUGUCCAAGCUGACACAGCCCCAGGAGGAGAUCCGGCUCACCAACCUGUACACACUCACCAACUAUACGUAUUGCGUGGUCUCCACCAGCUCGGGCACACAUCACAACCACACCUGCCUUACCAUCGGCCUGCCCAAGCCACCCAGCCCUGCCAGCCCUAUGCCCAGCCCCUCUACAGCCACUCAUUACAUCAUGACCAUCCUGGGCUGCCUCUUUGGCAUGGUGCUGGUCCUGGGCGCUGUCUACUACUGUCUGCGCAAGCGGAGGAGGCAGGAAGAAAAACACAAAAAAGCGGUGGCUGCGGCUGCGGCAGGGAGCCUCAAAAAAACCAUCAUUGAACUAAAGUAUGGGCCUGAGAUAGAGGCGCCUGGGCUGGCCCCGCUGUCCCAGGGCCCACUGCUGGGGCCUGAAGCUGUGACUCGCAUCCCAUACCUACCGGCCAGCAGCGGUGAUAUGGAACAGUACAAGUUGGUAGAAAGCAGUGAGACUCCCAAGGCCACCAAGGGCAACUACAUCGAGGUGAGGACUGGAGAGCCCCCAGAACGCAGGGGCUGUGAGCUCAGCCGGCCAGGCCCUGAAAGCCAGGGCUCAGUGGCUGAGAUUUCUACCAUCGCUAAGGAGGUGGACAAGGUCAACCAGAUCAUUAACAACUGUAUUGAUGCACUCAAAUCCGAGUCCACCUCCUUCCAGGGUACCAAAUCCGGGGCAGUGUCUGCUGCUGAGCCUCAGUUGGUAUUGCUGUCUGAGCCUCUGGCCAGCAAGCACAGCUUCCUGUCCCCUGUGUACAAGGAUGCCUUUGGCCACAGUGGCCUGCAGCGACACCACAGUGUGGAGGCCGCCUCCGGGCCCCCAAGGGCCAGCACCUCCUCCAGUGGCUCCACACGCAGCCCUCGCACCUUCCGGGCUGAGGCAACCGGCACACACAAGGCCCCGGCCACUGGGACCAAAUACAUCGAAAAGAGUUCACCCGUGCCCGAGACCAUCCUCACUGUGACACCCACAGCCGCUGUGCUGAGGGCAGAGGCCGACAAGGGUCGCCAGUACGGCGAGCAUCGGCACUCGUACCCGGGCUCCCACCCAGCCGAGCCACCUGCUCCACCACCACCUCCACCGGCUCAUGAGGGUCUGGGUGGCCGCAAGGCAUCCAUCCUCGAGCCCCUGACACGAUCACGACCCCGUGACCUUGCCUACUCACAGCUGUCCCCACAGUACCACAACCUGAGCUAUUCGUCCUCCCCGGAAUACACCUGUAGAGCAUCCCCGAGCAUCUGGGAGCGGCUCAGAUUGAGCCGCCGGAGGCACAAAGAUGAUGAAUUCAUGGCUGCUGGCCACGCUCUGCGCAAGAAGGUCCAGUUCGCCAAAGACGAAGACCUGCAUGACAUCUUAGACUACUGGAAGGGGGUGUCUGCCCAGCACAAGUCCUGAGCCUCCUUCCACCCUCCGCAGGGCCCAGGGCAACCUGCUCAUCCUUGCCCUCUCCGAAACUCGUGAUGCCCAUUGGACCAAAAAAGAACACAAGAUCCACCGCAGCUAUCCUUGACUCAGAGAAGCAACACAAAACCCAACAUACGCACAGCAGGGGCUGCUGUGCUCAGCACUGAGCCCCGAACGGACAGUGUGAGAGGCCCCAGAUGGCUGUGACAGUUGCUAUGCUGAUCUUCAUGGGAACUGCGUUGUGUCCACCAUCGGGGCAAGCAAGCGACCUACACACACACACACACACACACACACACACACACACACAUACUACACAUGGGACUUCAGAAAACUGUGUCUUAUGGGUGGGGGUGGGGGAGGGGAUUUUUUCAUUAUUUUGAUUUCUUUACCUUCCUCCUCUA